ACGGAGACGACAAGAGAAAAAAAAUGCCAUUGAAUUUGGCGCGUACUUGUAUUUGGUUAUUAUUAUUUCAAAACUAUGUAAAGCUUUAUUUCGCUAGUGAAGAAGAAGUUGUAUCAAAAAGUUCAAAUUUUCUAUACUCUAGAAAUAGUUUGGCGAAGAUUGUUCAUUCUCAAGUUUCUUUCGCAGUGUCAACUGCAAAUCCUUUUGUGCAUGGUAUCAAUGGAAACGAGAAAAAGGUGUCUCCAGUGGAGUUUCCCACAGCUACAGUUGUAGCUGCUUGCAAAGAACGUUUGCUACAACUCAAGCAAGUAUUCAACUCGUGGCUAUCGUUAUAUGGUAUUCGUCAGAUUGUGUUGGUGGACUGGUCCUCUAGCAAUUCCCUUUACAGUUUUGUACUGAACUCUCUUCACCAAACGUCGAGCAACGUUCAGGUUAUUGUUGUGCGAGUAGAAAAUGGAAGCAACUGGAAUCUUGCUCAGGCCUAUAACUUGGGUGUUUCUUUUGCAACAGAAGAUUGGAUUCUCAAGUUAGACUGCGAUACAUGGGUCGAUCGAUCUUUCCUUGUAAGACAUCCACCGCACGAACAUGUUUUUUAUUCUGCUUCUAUUGCUUCAGAGCGAAGUCUCCAUGGUAUCUUCUAUAUGCCGAGACAGGUGUUUUUUCAAAUUGGUGGUUUUGAUGAACGAAUUCAUUCAUAUGGCUGGGAGGAUGACUCUUUAUUGGAGAGAGCGAAGAGUUAUUUAUACAUGGAACGGAUACAGUCGGAUAGCCUUGUACAUAUACCUCAUGAAGAAACAUUGCGAUUAAGGUAUCAAUCCUGCCUCUUAGGAGCUGAUUGCUUACCUGAACUUGAGGUACAAUAUAAUCGCAUACUUUUUUCCAAAUUUAUGCCACCUUGGAAUGGCAUCAACUUAUUACAAUCUGAAUAUUCGCUUCUUGAAUAUAAUAUUUCAAACUAUAUUGGGUGGAUUCGUCUAUGGCGUCGGAAACCAGUUCCAAUGCCCUCGCUUUCUCCUUUCUAUACAGAUUUGGUCAAAACAAAGGCGAUUAGAAUCAUCUUACAGACCCAAUAUCAUUUUCCACGAAAUUCUAUGAAAAAAUGGCCUCUAUUUGUUCUUGAAAGAGUCAUUCGACAACUCACUAGAAGUAUCCCGCUUUUGUUAAUAAUGAAGUCUGAAAGAGCCUCGUUACGUUUCGUAAGGAAUCUAUCACUCAUACAUGACAAUCGAUUGGUCAUAUGUAUAACCAACAGUUCCCAUCACUUUUCGCUAGCUCUACAAAAUGGUUUUCCUGUUCUGCAUUGGAAUGAUACGGAAGUCACCUGUUUGUUUCAAAAUCCUAAAAGUUCUUAUUGCCUUCCAUACCAAAUGAUUUCAGCGAAAACAUUUUUGGACUCGUCACAGAAUGACUUGAUGCUUUUCUAUUAUCAUCAUUGGAUCCUGUUUCCAUAAAUGGGAGACGCAAUCAUACAUACAAU